ACUGAGCAGACUCGUUCAGUGUGGGCUGUGCAGCUUUAAAGUGCUCGCUCCAUGAUGCCUUGCGGUGUCCCGCUCACUGUAUUUACUCGUGUGAGAGCAGAGCAGAGCUGCCGCUGCCGCUGAUGUAACGGGCCACACUGACUGAACUUCAGCGAGCGGACCCUCCUACGGACCUCAACCGGACUACAUUUACGGACAUCAGAUGAAGGGAGUCUUUACGAAACACUAAAAGGAAAACCACAUCAUCUGUUUAUAUCUCGGUUCUGCUCUGGCGGAGCGAAGUAACAGACCCUGACUGAGGAUUGUGACGGUCCGGGACUGCAGACACACGCAGCAGUGAUAAGAGCAGCAUGCAGACCAGAGAGCUUGUAACGGGUGCCUGCAGAGGUGAGGAAUGACAUCCAGAUGAGAGGCAUGGAGCUGAAGGUAUGGGUGGAUGGAGUGCAGCGCAUCGUCUGCGGGGUCACAGAAGUCACCACAUGUCAAGAGGUUGUUAUCGCUUUGGCCCAAGCAAUAGGGCGGACAGGUCGCUAUACGCUGAUUGAAAAAUGGCGCGAGACAGAGAGGCACCUGGCGCCCCAUGAGAAUCCUGUGGUUUCUCUGAAUAAGUGGGGUCAGUACGCUAGUGAUGUACAGUUGGUGCUUCAACGUACAGGCCCAUCUCUGAGUGAGCGCCCCACCUCGGACACCUCUGCAAGAGCCCCUGAGCGCAGCUUAUACCGCCAAAGUCUCCCUCCCAUGGCAAAGCUCCGCCCCACAGCCAACGACCGUUCCCUCAAACGACGUGAACCAAAACGCAAGUCCCUCACUUUCACCGGUGGUGCCAAGGGGUUACGUGAGAUCUUCGGGAAGAAUCGUGAGGGUGAGACCAAACAGAGAGCGGUAAACACAAACCGCAGCAGCACUCCAGCCCCUACACAGGAGCUAUCCCGCCUGGUGCAGCUGCAGAAGGACAAGUUGCACAUCCUAGAGCAGAAACUGCAACGCUGCGAGACUGAGUUGCAGCAGCAAUUGACGGAGGAAGAAGAAGAGGAGCUGGUCAAACUAGAGCAGCAGGUCCGCAGGAAUGAGGUGGAGAUGAAGGAGCAUGAAUUCUGGGAGAAUGAAUUAAAGAUUGAGCAGGACAAUGAGAGGCAACUUCGUGAGCAGCUGCACGAGCUGCGCAGCCGUGUACAGGAGUGCGAGGAGCAGCUGGGAGAGUACCUGGCACGUAUUCAGUGCAUGGAAGCAGGGCUCGAGGCAGAGCGCCUGCAACAAGAGCUGAUGGAGACGCGGCUAGCGGAUGAAAUGGAGGUCCGGUCGCGACUGGACAAGACUCGUGCCGAGCUAGACAUACAGGUGCAGCAGGCUGCAAGACUGGAGAGCAGCUGCAGAGCUGUGGAGCUCUCACUUGGGCAGUCGAACAUCAGGCUACAGGAGAGAGAGCAGGAGCUGGAACAGUUAACUAAGGAGCUGAGGCAGGUGAACCUUCAACAGUUUAUUCAACAGACUGGCACCAAAGUAACAGUUCUACCAGCAGACCCUGGUGAGGAGGAAGCUAACACAGAGACAGAAAAUCAGUCUGGAUCUCUGAAGCGGCUUGGAUCAGCUCGACAACUUCCCGCUGACCUACGAGCUCUGCAGAGCCCGCUGAACACGACCUUUAACCCAGAAGGCAUCUACGUCUGAUUUUGCACUGGGCAUCAACAUUUAAACACAGUCUGCACUUCCCACAUGACUCCAUAUCACUCUGAGACCAUGAAGAUUUCCUUUGGAGAGAGAUCAUACUCCCUUGGAAUUACGGAGGUAUUUGUUGUUUGCUCUACAGAUUCAUCAACAAGCAGCUAGUGUUUUUUACGGUGAAGAUUGCUUCCUCUUGAUGGCUGUUUGACUAAUCCAACCCAAUCAGUGCUUUCUCCAAAUCCUACAAAGACAUCUCCAGCUGAAUGUAUGCUCACUUUCACUGGACCCAGUGCGCAGUAAGGCUUUGAAUAUGUCUUGAACAUGGCAACUAAUGACUCAAACAGACAGAAUACAUGCUGCCUCAGCCUGCAUUCAAUCCAUCAACCUUCUGGUGCAAGUUAGAAAAUUCAGCAUCAUGAUGUCUUUCAUUUCUAGAAUGUUUCUGAAUCUCCAGGUAAACCUCAUACUCGAUGUGAUUAUGCAAGCAGAAGGAAUUUUAGGGAGAUGCAAAGAGAUCGUUGAGGAUGAUAAAUUAUGCAGUUUAUAUUUUAUGGCUCAUAGUAGUGAUAAAAGCUCAUUGAAAGGGGUGGGGUUUCACCUUACUUUGCACUUUAUUGGCCAAAACAUCUGCUGUGGAAUUUUACUGAAAUCUUAAGAGCUGAAGAACCAUUUUCUGCAUUUGAUUGCGCUAAUCAGGAAAACAGGUGCAUGUAAUAUUUUAAAACAGUGUGAGAGUGAGUAAGAGAGGUGUUUUUGCAUGAAAGCAGCUUGUGGCAAGUGAAAUUUGGUACCUUUUAAAAUGAAGCAAAAGAACCUGGUUUUGUGCUGAACAGCUUAAUUUUAAAAAGAAGCCUUUUAAAUUAUGCAAGUACAAUGUAGUUACGCACAAGUCGUAAUGACUGGCCUAGAUCAACGUGUUCUGCUUAAGCUUUCAGUGAACUUUUUUGGCCAAUAAAUGCAUUUUAUUUCCGACACUGAAUAUUUAGUUUUAUUUUUUUAUUUAGCUGAUCUCACUAAAAUCCUUAUCUAGAGUUGUCUUUUUUCCCCACAUACUAGCAAAAAUCACAUGAGUUGCAUAUAUUUUAGGCAAAUUUUUAGCAUUUUUACUAGUUUUUAGAACUUUAUUUCUUAUCAAACCAAAGUGUUCUGGAAGACAUGAAUAUAUGAAUGAAUGUAACGUUUUGUAAUUGUGUGUAUGUGCAAAGGGAAGCAGCUCCAAAAUAUUGUUGAUGACAUGAUUUCCUUUUUUAUUUUUUAUUGUUUAACUGUAGUAGCACCUGCUUCCCUUAAAGCUACAUUCACACAGAUGCAAAAUGACUCCAUUUAUUUUUACAUUUAAUAUGGACAUAAGCAAGGAGCUCUUGGAAGCGUGUAUAAGGAAGUACUCAUUUAUAUUUGCUAUAGUAGCUUCUGAAUUUGUUUGAAUAUUUUUAGCUUACUGAUUUUUUUUUUUUUUUUCAAAAACACCAUUUUGCCAAAAGCCAGUAUUAACAUGACCUUCAUGGAUGACUGAAUCAUUGUAUCUUUUAGUAAAACAAAAAAACAGGUUUGGUUUAAAGCUUUGCACAUCAUGCUAUACAUUCAAAACAAAAACCAUCUGCUUCUACAUUUAUUGAGGAUUUUGAGUAGUAAUUGAGUAGUCGUGUGUUGAUUUCACACAGAAUUGGUGCUCAGAUGAUUUGCAAAAGAGCAUUCAACUGUCUGAAUGGCGCAUGACUUGAAGAACAAUGUCAUCUCUGUGUGAUGAGGGAAACAUUUGAGAAGCAUGCCUUACUUAAAAAAAAAAAAAAUAAAUAAAAAAAGUUGUAAAUAGCAUAUAGCAACAUAUCAAUAAGUAGCAAAGAGGACUAUUUUUAACAUAGAUAAAAAAAAAUUGCACAGUGCUCUCUAAACAGCUAAAAUAAACUUUUUAUUUUUUAGCAUUGUUAGGCUGCAUGCACUGAUGUUCAGUUUUAAGCUUGUGUGAGGGGCCUGAUGAUCCACCUAUGGCACUUAAUACAGGUGUAAUACUCAACUGGGCUGUAUUAAGGUGUAACAUGGACUGCGCUAAAUGCCUGUAUAAAUAUCUGUGCAAUUGUAACAGGCUUGAGGUUUGGGACUGAUGUGUGUGCAUUAGAAAUUAACAGUGUGCAUUCGAUCACCUGCUGCUAUGCACACAGGUGUGACUAAAAUAUUAAGCUCAGCUAAAAGUUGUUAAAAUCAAAUGGCAUCAUGGUUUGAUAUCUCUUGAUCACAGGUUUUAACCUUUAAUCCGGUACCAAAAUCCCUUUGGGUAACAGACUUCGAUUCAGCUCUAUUUUUAACAAAUUAUGUUAAUUAAACUACUUCCUUCUUGAGAAGUGUGAGAUGCCUGGAAAACACAUUGAAAUGAUUUAUGUUGAUGUUUAUCGAGCAGCAUAAACUAUUUAUGCCAUCAGUGGAAAAGGUGCAGUAACACUGUAAAAUAUGAAAUAAAUUUAGAAUAGAGCA